AGUGUUUCAAUGUAACUCGAUUCCUUUAAUAUCGAGUUAUAAAGUAUACUUGAUAUUCGUAAAGUCGAGUUAUUCUCUUAUAAUUUCUGCACACCUUCUCCCACUCAGUGUGCCUUGCUCUCUACUGAACCGAGGUCGUGCUUUCUGCUGAACUGAGUUGGAACUCCUCCACAGAUCAACAGCAGCUUUCAAACUCAAUUGAAAUUUGUAUCACCUCAGUGUCAAUGUCUGGUUCUGGCAACCCACAACUCUAUAGGCCUCAUGAUGUGUUCACUGCUAUGGGUCAUUGUUGGGUAUUGGAAGAUGAGUUCAGCUAUCCAAUCAAUCCGAAUUUGCGAAAUAGUGCUUAUGUUCACAAUACCAUGAGACAGGAGUGGGCUUGGUUAUUUCGUGAACAACAAAUGUUUUAUGAUGAGUUGGUUGGUUUUAAGUUGCCAGUGUCUCGGCGACUCGCAUCACAGAUGCCCAGAGACAGCAUCGACGAACUUCGUAAAGCAUUGAACCGCAUAAGAGAAGAAAAUAAUCGAAUGAAGAUACGUCUUAAUCGAUAUCGGACCCAAGUCGAGAUUCAAGAGUUAGUGCAGGAAGGGUGGUACGAGCAUGCACAGUUCAUGCAAUCACUUCUUGUUGAUCCCAUUUAUCAGUCAGACGUGGAGAUGUCAGAUGAAGAGUAAUCGUGUUGUGUCGUGGUGUAAUUAGAUUUUGUUGGAGAACUAUUUUGCUUAACUAUGUGUUAUAUGUAUGGUUGCAUUUGUACUAUGUAAACCUUAUUAUUGAUUAUGAGAAGCAUGCACGUUAUUCGUAAUGUAGAUUA